GAACCCGUCUGAGGCGUGUGGAGUGCAGCAAGAGUCAAUCAAAUCAACGGCUUCCAUUUAGUUGGCUUUACUAUAAAUAAUAGGCAGUUUGCCAUGCUAGAGCUCAUUCAGCGAUAAUCAUUCGCAGCAGUUGGAAUACACACUCACACAAGUUUCAAGUUCGAUAGAGUUGCUUUUUUUUUGUUUUGUUUUUAUUAAACAACAUGUGCAAAUUGAGUCUGUGUCUUUUGGUUGCCAUAUUUGGCUGCCUGGUGGCCGACAGCUUGGCGGGCGUGGCCCGCAACGGCGAUGUACAACGCCAAAUUGUUGUGGUGAAGAAUGUGCGCGAUUUCGCUGCUGAACAUCCGGGCCUCAAAUUGCAGCGCCUGCAGAAGCAGCCGGCUGGUCGUAUGAGCGGACAAUCUGUGCGAUAUACGCUCGGCGCUCGUGUCUCCGGCGACAGAUUGGUAGCUCAGGGCGCCGAUGUUUUCAGCUAUCCGGCUCAGAAGGAUGUGAGCGUGCAGCUAACGUAUCCAGAGUCCGGCGCCGGCUCAAUUGUGACGUUUGUGGAGCUUAUUUGCACACAGGAUAACAGCGAGGGCAAUGCUUAUGUCGUCGCCGGUGGCAUUGGCCAGCGUUUCAUUUCCAUUGUGGUGGAGGCUAAGCAAACCAAUAGUUUUGGCUAUCAGGCGCAGUACUUCGGCUCCGAUUAAGUCCAAGGACACUUUCACCACCAUACUUUUACCUUGCCCUUCCCCACUUUUACCUAUUAAGAAAUCAGUGUACAAAUAAUCGUAUGAUACUUAUAAAAUGAAAUACACUAUCUAUAUAUAUUGUACGCGCA